UCGAAACUGUAAUAAUGUAAUGAGAAAUAGAAUAAGUUUUGCUAGUUUUCAGGAGUAUUAAAGCUUAUAAUUUAAUACAUAUUAUUUAAAUAAGCAUAUUUUUUUAAAAUUAUUAAUGUGCAAUCAUGACAAGUGUUUCUGAUUAGUUUUUAAAGCAAGAAAGCUCAUAUUCAAAUGACGUCAUGGGAAACCGCGGCUGUGGGGGAGUAGAUGGACAGCUUUUUUCUUAUUUAUGUUUAUAUUGUGUCGAAGUAGUGCACUGGGUAGUGUAUGUUUCUUUGUUCCAUAUGUCAUUAUUUUUUAAUUUUUUCACACAGUGUGAAUUUGAAAAUGUGGAGGUAGCAUUAAUCUGAUUAAUACUGUCAAAUAGUAUUUUAUUUAGCUAUGAAUGGAUUAUCAUUUAGUGAUCUGUGCUGUUUGUUUUGUUGUCCGCCUUUCCCCGCUCGGAUAGCUGCUAAGCUCGCCUUUGCACCUCCUGAACCAACCUAUUCUUAUGUGGCCGAUGAAUCGGGAACUAAAUUUACCCUCAGCCUAAAUGAACGCGCAGAAUGGCAAUUUUCUCAAAGGGAAUUGGAUAGUUUCGAAGUUUUUUUCACAAGGACUCCUCGCGGUAAUCGAAUUGCCUGUAUGUUCGUUCGGUGUACACCUAAUGCCCGAUUUACUAUUCUUUUCAGUCACGGUAAUGCUGUUGAUUUAGGUCCUAUGAGUAGUUUUUAUCUUGGGCUAGGGACCAGGCUCAAUUGUAAUAUAUUUAGCUACGAUUAUUCUGGUUAUGGACAGAGUACGGGAAAACCAUCGGAAAAAAACUUGUACGCUGAUGUGUUUGCUGCAUGGCAUGCCCUGAGAACACGAUAUGGCAUAAGUCCAGAAAAUAUUAUAUUGUACGGACAGAGCAUCGGUACUGUACCAACUGUGGAUUUAGCAUCGAGAUACGAAGUCGGAGCUGUAGUGCUGCACUCUCCUCUUAUGUCCGGUAUGCGUGUGGCCUUUCCUAACACUAAGAGAACUUGGUUUUUCGAUGCAUUUCCUAGUAUAGACAAAGUACCUAAAGUAACUUCACCUGUCUUAGUGAUUCAUGGCACAGAAGAUGAAGUGAUAGAUUUCUCACAUGGGUUAGCUAUCUAUGAAAACUGUCCUCGAGCUGUGGAACCACUUUGGGUUGAAGGAGCCGGUCACAAUGAUGUAGAGCUAUAUGGUCAAUACAUUGAGCGACUAACACAGUUUGUAUCUAUGGAAUUGGUCAAUUGACCAAUCCAUAUUACAGAUCUAUAGUUAAAGAGAUAAUUUGUGAUUUUUUUUUAAAAAAUUAUUAAAGGAUGCCAAGUGCUAAAUGUUCUUUUGUAUCAAUGUAGUAUUUUGAUUUAUGUGUUGAACUAUGGUUUUGAUGUCUGGUAAAUUAUUUUCAUGGAAAGAAAUUGGAUGUGUUUUAUAUAUGAGUCUUCUGAUCCUAAAUUUUGUUUUUCUGUCAUUUUGGUGGAAAAUAAAAUCAAUGGUCUUUAAAUAAUGAAACUUUCUUGUUUUUUUGUUAGAAACAAUCUGUCAUGCCAUUUCAUUCAAGUUUAUAAAUAAUUUUUCAUCUAAGUGUGCCUAAAUGUCAGCUGAUUGAUUUAUCGAACUAACUGAUUUGUUAAAAUCUAAAUAUUUCUAUUCUAACUAUUUUGGGAAAAGUUAAGUAUAUGUAAAUAAUUAAAAAAAUUUCUAUUGUUUUAUUUUUCGAAAUUAACAACACAAAAAAAGACUUAAAAUUUAUAUGCAUUAUUCCUUUGUGAAAAAUGUGGGGGAGAACUAAAACUUUUAUUAAAAGAACACAUUUUUAAACUGAAAUCCUUGAUUCCAAACUUAUCUUUUGGAAGCUUAGUUUUUUUCCCCUUUUUUUUCUAAAUGUUAGCUGCUAGUGAAAUCUUCCUCUAAAUUUUCUCGCAACAUAUUUAUAUUUUUUUCUCUCUAUCUAGGUCUUUAUUUGUGUUUUUAGUUAUUAUAUAAUGAAGACUAUUGUUUUUAUUUUCUUUAUAGAACUUUUAAUUUGAAUUAGAUUUUUCAUGUAAUGCUGUUAGUCUUUUUGUCACAAUUGUUUCCUUUGGGAACAACAAGAAAUGAACUGUGAUUUAUCAUACUUCAUCGAUUCUCCUGUAAUUUUACAUUUAUUCCUGAAGUUUAAAUUUGUUUUGUAUUUGACAUAGAUAAGAGAUCAUCUCAUUAGGUUGUAUAAAUAAUUCCAUAUAAAUCUCUUUAAUAGGUUUACCAUUAUUCUGAAAUUUUUAAGCUGAUUUUUAAUUUCAUCCAGAAGUGUGAUAUUAGUUUUCAUUCCAAUAUAAUCAAAUUAAAAAAUCAAUUGUUAUUGAUCAAACAUCUCUAAACUGCUAGUGAAAUAAAUUUUUAUAUUGCGUUAAAAUUUUCGAAAAUUAAUGUAUCCUUUUUAAAAAUAUUUGUUUUUUAACCACAUAUUUAUAAAAGAAUAUCUGUUGGUUACUUCAAAAUCUCCGUCAUUGAAUUGUAAAAUAGCCUAUUGACUAAGUGUUCAAUUUUUUUAUAAGUAGAAAAGCAAUAUCUUAUGAACUUAAUGCUCUUGCAACUUCAAAUCCAUGCCAUUUUUAACAUGUACUGUAAUUUUACAAAGUUAAUUUUUGGUGUCUUUGUAAAUGAUGUCGAAAUAUUUCCCCAAUAACAUACUAGUUCUUAUGAUUAAAUUUAAAUGCUCUUAUUAUGAUUUUUUUUCCUUAGUGAAAAAAAAGGGAACAAAGUAAUCAGUUUAAUAUGCACAUUUAAUUUGAUUUUUUACAUAAGUGAUUUGAGUUCAUUAUUAUUAAUUAACAAGUUCUAAAUUAUAUUAACUUAUAGCCUGCUCAUUUUAUUAUUAUUAUUUUAAAAGCUUACAUUGAGCCUAAUGGAGUGUAAAAUCAGCGAUAAAAAGCAUAAAUCCACUCGCCUGAUGUUGGUUGUCUUGUUGAAAAGUCAUAAUCAACUUAUAAUUUAUUAGAAAUUGAUUAUCUUGUUGUAAUAUUUUUGAAACAUGCUGUAAUAAUUUUCAUAGCAUUUUAUAUGUAGCAGAAAUGAAGGGGUGAAAACUGAUUAGUGUUCUAUUUGUUUUUUUUCUUUCGGUUUUAGACCACCACCACACUCACAAAUUACUAGCAUUGUAAAACUAAGUACUUUUCAUAGUGUGGAAGACUACAUGUAUUUAAAGAAGGUCUCUCCCUAUUAAGAUAAAUUGAAGAAAAUUUAAUCAUCAUUGCUUUAAAUAUAGCUUAGUUAAAAACAAUAUAAAGAUUUAAAAAAAAAAUUUGUCACCUAACAUUCUGCAGAACUGUAUGGUUUUGGAUAUUGCUGGAGGCUCUUUUAAAAAUAGUUUUGCAAAGUUGUUCUCCAAAUUGUUGGUACUUCUCUGAAAUUAAAGUAAUAGUGAUAAGAUUUUUGCAUUCUUUCAAUGGUUGCUGUGUUUAACAUCUUUAAAAUAGUCUUUUUACUUACAACUUUGCUUAAUAUUAAUAUCUAUCAAUAAUAUUAAUAUUGUUUAAUGUUAUUCAAGUACCUUCAAUGUGCAUUCGGUGUUUAUCAAGAGACAAUUAUGAAGGAAAGAGAGAGAAAAAAAAUUAAAAUUUGAAAUUAAUCAUAAAAUUUAAUUAUUUUUCUUUUUCCUUCUUAAUUGUCUCUUGAUAAACACAUAAUGCACAUUGAAGGUCCUUGAUUUAAAUGUAUUGUGCUAAUUUUCAGUCUAUACUUUAACCCUUUCAAGCUGACUGCCACAUAUAUGUGCUGUUUAAAAUGCUCUUGUACUUCCUGGCUGACACACCAGUGUGCCAGGGGGCUUUUUUGUUUGUUAUUUGAGAUAGAGUUCUGGAGCGUUUCAAAAAUUAUAAUUUUAGGAACUAGAGGACAUUGCAUCUUCAUAGAAUUUGAAAUACAAGUAGAUUUGAUCAAUUCAAAAUUAGAAAAAUAUUACUCACAUACACAUGGUUUUUGAUAACAUAUACAUGAGGGGAAAGGAAUGUUUCUGAAUCUCAUGCUUUUUGACGGCUCUUUAAAAUAAUCAUGUGGUACAACUCUGAUUCAAGUUAGAAUAAUUGAAAAAUAUAACAUUAAAAAGUCUCUUACUUUAUUUUUUUCCCAUUCUUUUAUUAAACCACAAAUAUAACUAAUCAAAUCUGCAUAUGUCGCAAUGUAGUGUUUGUAGUUGCUAACACCUUAAUUAGUUUAAAAUUUUUCCUCGUCUAGCUGUUUGCACAUGCAGAAGUACUUUGAUUUCAAUUUUAACUAUUUUCAAGUGAUGUCUGUGAUAUUUCCCAAGUUGUUUAGUGUUUGAAAUUUUGUAAUUUAAAAUCUGUCCAGCAGUUAUUAAAUCACACAAACUCCCUUAAGUUCGAGACAUUUCAGCAUAGAAGGGAUGAUUUGGUUGCUGUUUUCACCAAGAAAAUUUUAAAACUCUAUUGAAAUAGACAUAUUUUUAGAAUUCAAACACAAAUUUUUUUUUUUAUUUUUAAAAUUGUAAUGCUAGAAGGGGGCUGAAGCCUUCCCUGUUCGUUGGUCCCUGAUACUAUUCCAAAAGAAUAUCCCGAUUCUUCUGAAAAAUUUUGUUAUAAUAGUUUCAAAGUCAAUAAUGUUAAAUAUCAUUUAAAUGGUAAAUAAAUACUGUAAAAUUUAUUUAAAGAUUUAAUAUAGAAAGAAAAAACUUAAGUAAAUAAAGUAUGUGAAUAAAAAAUAUGUAAUUUAUCUACUUUACAGUAGUCUUUCUUAUCAUUGAAGAAUGCGUACAUAUUUUAGUAACUUCAUGGAUUUAAGGCUUAACAGCAAAAACCCUCUGGCCCUGCACAGUUGCUCAUAAAAGAAACUGCGGCCCUCAGCAAUAGGAGUGUGUUUGCAACUACUGUCACGAAAGGGUUAAAGCAUAUUUAUAAAACAAAACUGAAAAACUAAUUCUAAACUGUGUUAAGUUUUAGUUGUUGAAUCUAAUAGAAGUUUCCUUUUGUGACCUAUCAUUUUAAAACUCUAAACUGUGUAGAAUUAUUAAUUUCUUGAUAUAGAAAUGAUCUUUGAUUGCACUGUAAACAAGAACUUGCAACGGAAUGUUGACAGAGAUGACAACUGCUCUGGACACGCCAAAAUAAUUUAAAAAAAGCGGUGAAUAACUACAAACUUAAUUUUGCAAAUAUUUGACUAUUUUUGCUUGCUUUUUAAAAGGUAUAGCAUGACAUAACUGCUAUAAAGUGAUGAAUUAUAUAAGCCUACGAAUUAUUUAGAAAUAGUGGUGGAUGGAUUAAUUUAGUAUCUAUUAAUUAAAUUUAGUAUCUAUUAAAUUUAAUUUAUUAAACCAAGAAUCACAAUUGAUAAACUACCACUUUAAAAUAUUUAUUUGCUGUCCAUAGCAAGUUGGCAUCUCUGUGUUGAAGACGUCUGAAGCACGUCAAUUAUUGUUUUGACGUAAGAAACAAAUGACGUCUUCGUAUGUCAAGGGGUUAAUCUUGUUAUGUAUUAUUUCUUCUCUAGAAGAGAAUAGAAACCAAAUUUAUUUUUUGAUUUUGGCAAAAAGUUAGCAAUUUUAAAGCAUCUUAUUAAAUUUGAAUGAGUGUUAUAUUUGAUUUCUCAAUAUUAGAUGGUUUUGGAAACUAAUGAUCUCUUGUGGUCCAUAAUGCAUAUUUAGUAAAUAAUGUCGACGCGCCAUUUGCAACUGUUUUUAUAUUAAAAUUUUUAAUAGUAAUAUUUCCUCAUGGUGUAUUUUUUGGAAAAAUUUGUUAUGUAAUCUCAGUAAAUAUAUCAUACUAUUGGAAUAAUUUAGUUCUACACAAUUUUAUCUCAUUCUCAACUUGUAACUAUGAAUGCCAUUGAAAAUUAAGUUUGUCAUAUAUGUAUUAUAAUUUUAUAUUUUCAUGAAUUAAUAUAUUAUUAUGAAUAUUUUUAUGAAUAAUAAUAUGUUUUUAUGAAUUAUAAAUUUAUCAUAAUUGUUUCUCAUUAUAAAUGUCUUACUAUGCAUCAUAAUCGAAUUUCAUUACCUAAAUAGAGUUACGGUAGAACUCUAAUUACUCAGAUUAAUUCCUACUAGACCUGUUCUACAUAAUUGACUGAAAUGAUUGUUAUUUUGUAUAUUUUAAUGACUAAACAUAAGCAUUGAAUUUUUACAUUCUUAGGUCUGUUAAAAAAUCUGUUCUGUCUGUUAAAAAAAAACUAAUGCAAAUUUUCUCAAGUAACAUGUCAGUUAAUCAUUAUUUAAAAGUUUUCUUUAAAAUUUCACUCUCCUCUUAUUAAAUGAAUUAAAUAACAGAUGUAAGCCACUGUAAAUUUUGUUUUACAGUACAUUUUAAGAAUUAAAUUUUAAAGUGAAAAAUAUUUUAUCUUUUUCCUUGCACAAAUAUCUUUGUAGCUUUUUACAGCAACACAAAGGCUUAAACAUUGUAGUUAGGCAUUUAUAAAAUCAGCACACUCUUCCAAGACUUAAUAAGCACUUGCUGUUAACACUUAGUAUUAUAAUAGACAGUUGAUCGAUUAAAAAUUUUCUUUUUGAGAUUAAUGUAAUUAUAUUUAUAUCACCAAGAAGCCAUAGCAGCUAAGUCUGUUUUUGAUCCGUGCAACUAUUUUAAUCAGCUUAGUAACUAAGUGGGUCUGCUUUCUUGUUUACUUCCUGCCAGGUAUAAUUAUAUUUAUUAAUUAUAAUAAUAAAUUACAAUUAAGUAUGAUAAUGAUAGGUGUGAUAAAAAGAUUUUAACCAUCAUUUGCUUGUUAUUGGGCCUAAUAAGUAUAAGUGCCAUGCUGAUUGAAUGGAGACAUUGGUUCGUUAAGGGUCAAUAAUGACUUUGUUAUUAACUGGUAUUUACUCAUUGAUAAAAGAUUAUUUCCUGAAGCAAGGUGUAAGGCAGAAAAUUUUUUAUUCGAAUAUUCUUACUUUAUUGUUAUAUACUUUGCUUCUUGUUUGAUGGGUUUUAGUUCUGAAUGGCUGAUAGGUUGAAUGAAAAGUAUUCCGAAAUCUGCUAAACAUCUAUUGUGUUAAAAUAUGUUUAAUUUAUUACUGCCAAAGUCAUAAUUUCCUAUUAAUAUUGUGAAAUUAACAAACGAAUUUAAGGAAAAAAAAGAGUAAUUCUAAGAUUUUGGUAUGUAAUGGAAUUAUGAAAAUGUAAAUUAAGAUGUAAUUCAAAAAAAGAUUCUUGUAAUUAAAUGGCUUGGAGCAAUGUAGUGAUAGGCCACACUUUUCUCCAAAACUUCAAAUCGUUCCUUAGUAUUGCUUCCAAAUAGGUACUUUAAAAAAUUAAAUUCCUUUAACAUAGCAGCACAAUACAUAAAUAUUUUGUUGUUUUUAUGGAAAUUGUGUUUUCAACCAAGAAGGACCUCAUUAAUUUAAAAUUGUGGCUUAUCAUUAUUUCUUCAUGCCUCUUUCGUACAUUUUCUAAAGUAUUUUGCUAAAUAUAAAUUUACUAAUUGAUGUUAACUGAACAAACUUAAGUUUUAUUCUCCAGUAACCAGGUUUCAUGUAAUCUGCUUGUUACAAGAAAAGAAAACUUUUUAAGGCAAUUAAAAGAAUAAAAACUGUUAAAUUAAACUGUUCUCUUCUCCUGUAACUGAAGCUGGAUGUUCUAUAAAUAUAUUGUAUAUGCGUUUAAGUAAUGUUUUACAUAUACUUCCAUUUAUAAAACUUAAAAGAAAGAAUCAUUUAAAAAUAACAGAAAAUUAUUCAAUAGAGAUUGAUGCAUUUUUAAAACUGAUCUUUAAAAAGAAUGAAAUUAUUUAAGAAAAGAAAUGGAUACUGAUGAAUUCAACUUUCUGGGUUUCAUUUUAACUUAUUUUCUCAGUGAGUUAUUUAUUUUUUAAAUAUAGAUAUCUAGGGGAUUGUUUUAAAAUGCCAUUUUCAAGUGAAUUAGUUUUCAAGAAAUAGGCAACGGAAUAGAAAUGACCAUGUUCAGUAUCAAAAUUUACUCAAAUAAUUUAGUUGCUUUCAGGAUUCCUAUCAAUUGAUUUUUUUUACUAGUCUAUUUGAAACAAAUAUAUUUAUACAGUUUUAUUUUAUUUAUUCAUUCAAAGUUUUGGUGUUAGUUUAUAUUUCUUUAGAAAUUUAAAUAAAUUUUUUAUAAACUGCCAUUUUGAAAGCUAAAUGACAGUAUUUAUGUAAAUUUGUGACACAUUGUACAUUUUUAAUAAAAUUUUUGAUAAUAUUUGCA